CCUAAAUUCCAAGGUUCCCAACCGCAAUCCCAAUUCCCAAACCCCCAACCGGAUAUUGUGUGUGGCACCGAAGCUUGUGUCUCUCUAAACCCCCAAGGCCCGAAUUCCCUCCGCCUUCGCCACCUCAAGGAUCCCGCUACUUCCUUCAAGUUCAAGAGCAGACGCAGCAUGCUUUCGUCCGAAGUAGUUGGAAACCGCAGCAUCAUCACCGUUGCCACCAUACCAUUACCUUCACCUGCCAGUCCAAGGCCUGCCCCUAGUAGUAGGUCUGUCCGGUUCAAGACUCAAGCCUUCGUCAACCUGCCCUUCUCCUCAGUUUCAGUUUCAGGGGACGGUAACAAGAAAUCUUCCGUCAUUCACGACAGUCUCAGGCUGCUGGAAUGGGACAAGGUCUGCGACUACGUAGCUUCUUUUGCCGGUACUUCCUUGGGUCGCGAAGCCACCAAGGCCCAGUUAUGGAAUCUGAAUAGGACCUACGAACAGAGUCUGAAAUUGUUAGAUGAAACCACUGCCGCCGUGCAAAUUCUCAAGCACGGCGGUUGCAGCAUGGACUUCUCCACCGUUGACGUUGUUCUGGUGAAAUCAGCCAUCCAACAUGCUCGGAGGGGUCUACUGGUGGAUGGCAAGGAAGCAUUGGCUAUUGUAGCAUUGCUAAAUUUUGCCAAAACUUUGCAGUACAAUCUCAAAAUUGCAAUCAAGGAAGAUGCAGAUUGGUACAAACGUUUCAUGCCUCUCACGGAAGUGAUAACCAAAAUGAUUGUAAAUCAAUCAUUAAUUAAGUUUAUACAGGAGGUCAUAGAUGAAGAUGGCUAUGUGAAAGACUCUGUGAGCUCCAACUUAAAACAAGCACGCAAUCAAGUGCGGACACUUGAAAGAAAGAUAUAUUUGUUGAUGGGCAACUUGAUAAAUGAUGAUGUGCAUAAAACAUCUCCUCUGGAAGUUCGUAAUGUUGAUGGAAGAUUAUGUAUCAAAUCUGAUACUGAUCAGCCUAGAAGUUUGAAGGGCCUAUUGUUGUCUAGUGGAUCAGGUGUUGGAAGCAUAGUAGAGCCACUCUUUGCUGUUCGAUUAAAUGAUGAGUUGCAACAAGCAAGAGCACUAGUUGCAAAGGUUGAGGCUGAUGUGUUGUCAAAGUUAACCGCAAAGUUACAAAGGGAUCUUAAUGAAAUCGAAGCAUUAUUGGUCAAUAUUAUUCAACUGGAUGCGAUCAAUGCUCGAGCAAUCUAUAGUCUUUCUUAUGGAGGUACCUGUCCUGAUAUAACUUUCCCAGAAAACAGUAGCGCAUCUUUUACUGGCAGAGGGCCGUUAUCAGGAAAUGAAGCUUUGAAGGCUUCGCACCCAACAGAGAGGGAAUGGAUGCUGUAUCUUCCAAAAGCAUACCAUCCUAUUUUAGUUUGGCAGCAUCAUCAAAUUCUGCAGAAGGCCAGGAAAGAUCUUCAUAAUGCUACUGCUGAAAUUAGAUGGAGAAAACUACAAGGGGUGAACAUGUCCCAGGAUGAAGAAACAGAUGCAAAUCCUUCCCAUUUGGAGAUGCAGGUUAGCACAUUGGAGCAAGCUCACCCAGUUCCAGUUGAUUUUUUUAUUGCUCAUGAUACUCGAGUAUUGAUUAUAACAGGCCCUAAUACGGGGGGCAAAACCAUUUGCUUGAAGACAGUUGGAUUGGCUGCUAUGAUGGCUAAAUCAGGCCUUUAUGUUUUAGCUUCUGAGCCUGUACAAAUCCCUUGGUUUGAUUCCAUUUUUGCUGAUGUUGGUGAUGAACAGUCCUUGUCCCAAUCUUUGUCUACCUUCUCUGGCCACUUGAAACAAAUUAAUGACAUUCAGGCACAAUCAACAAAUCGGUCAUUGGUGCUGCUUGAUGAAGUUGGUGCAGGGACAAAUCCCCUCGAAGGAGCAGCACUGAGCAUGUCACUAUUGGAAUCUUUUUCUCAGGCAGGUGCCCUGCUGACAGUAGCUACAACACAUCAUGGCGAACUCAAAACCCUUAAGUACUGUAAUGGUGCCUUUGAAAAUGCGUGUAUGGAGUUUGACGAAGUGAAGUUAAAGCCAACUUAUAGGAUUCUUUGGGGAGUUCCAGGGCGUUCAAAUGCAAUCAACAUUGCUGAUAGGUUAGCUCUGCCCAAAAAAGUUUUAGAUAAUGCUCGUGAAUUUUAUGGAACAGCUAGUGCAGAGAUUAAUGAGGUGAUAAUUGAUAUGGAAAGGUUCAAGCAAGAUUUUCAAGAGCAUUUUAAUGAAGCACAGCACUAUCUGAUGCUUUCAAGAGAUCUUUAUGAAAAUCUGUUGGUAACUGAGAGGAAGAUUAUUGAUCAUGGCACUGAUCAACUACGCAUAAAAAUGCAAAAACUAUGUGAGGCUGCAACUACGGCACAUUCUUCCUUCCAGGUCAAAGCGCGAAAGCUCCGUGCAUCUGCAACCCAACCUUCCAAGCCUCAGACAAGGGAUAAUAUCCAGCAGAUAUCAGCAAUAAAUAGCCAGCAUACUACAUCCGAUAUCAAUGAACAUUUUACAUCAGAUGAGAAGAGAAUUAAACUACCCAAAGUUGGUGAUGUGGUGCAUGUUUCUUUCCUUAAAAAGAAAGCCAGAGUCUUAGAAGUGGCACCGUCUAAAGAAGAGAUGGUAGUACAAGUGGGUAACAUGAAGUUGAAGUUAAAUCUAAUCGACAUUGAAACCCAUUAGGUAAGUAAGAAUGGAAGUACGUCUGCUUUGAUGCAUAAAUUUAUUCUUAAUGCACAAAUAGAUUAGAACAGGCUUUAUUCUUGCCCUUUUUGCUGCUGUGAUGAGUGCUCCAACAUGUUGAGAGUUUAUUUUGGUCUAUACUUCACUCCAACCAAGCUGAGAAGUAUAAUAGUCAUGGUUGGAUGUAUUCAGCUAGAUCUUUACUAAUUAAAUAUGUCGUAAGGUUAGACAUGGAGAUGAGAAUAAGAGAAGGAGAAAAGAAUAGUGAAAAGUCAGGGCAAUAGUUUCCUGGAGCA